AUGAGCACCCAGCUGGAGAAGCUUGCAGACAUUAUUCUUUCGCUAGUAGGUCAAGCAGGGUUUACAACGGUGGAUACAACUGCAGUGCACCGCCUCAUCAAAUUUGUGCAGGACUUUUGUCUUUCGGCACACAGACCAAUUAGGCUGAACUUCUCCGAUGUAAUCGAUCGCUCUCUAACGGUAUUUAAUGAGGAAAAGGGGAUCAGGAACAAGACAGUGGAAGACUUCUUUUACUCCUUCAGCGCGCUUCUCUUUAAGACGCCCCUGGGACGCCUGGCCACUACUCGUCUUUUCGAAACCCUACAGGCUCAGCAAGGGCCAGCGAAGGGCUUUGAUUCCUUGGGAGGGUUUCGCAUACAGGAACCCCUAGAUGUUCUCCAGAUAAAACUGACUCCUGACAACCCCAGUGAUACCGUCCAAGCAGCCAUCAUACAGGACCAAAGUUCAGAGUACACCCCAUGUGGCUUUCGCAAUUGCAAUAUUCACCCCGUUUUCACAUCAACCACCGAAAACUACACACUGACCCCAGAGCACAGCAUUUCAAGCGAUGAAAACAACGUCACCCACAGGCCUUACACUAUUGAGAAUCUCUCAGAUAGCUCAGAUAACGAUGAUGCCUUGCCAAUGAUCCAGGCGGGGCCUUUCAAAACCGAUCAAAACCCUCCCUGGAAUCAGCUUCCGCUGGACCUCAUUGAGGAGCCAGCCAUAUGCUUUCUCUGCGAUAGCUUAAUGGCACAGUUCUCUAAAAGCGCCCCGCUUCCAACUGUCGCAUCACAAUUUGACAAGAUUGAGCCGUUCCUUAUUCCUCCACCGACGGCCUCUCACAGAGCAUUCGGUGGAUAUGGCCCUGCCCUUAACCAGCUCCUGGAAAGAAACUGUCAGUUGGGAACAUGA